AUGUUGGAACCACUCCUGAGAAUACUUGUACCACAUGAACCGGAGAUGGAAACACUAGAAAUUGUUGGCCAAGGUUUAGAAAGUCAACAAACAAGAGAUGUUGCUGUCCUGAAGCCUGCCCCGGCCCACUUCAAUUUGGCUGGACAGAUUAGCACCCUACCAAUUGGUUUAAGCAAGAAUCACAGACAUGGACAGUUUGAAGCGGUCGAUUGGUACGCGGCUGGUUUAGGACCGCGCGUAAGAAGAGAAGGUCAGGUAGUGGAAUACAGCAUCUUGGGAGAUCCAGAAAAUUUUUACCAAAUGGCGGUUUGUCGGGGUGAUAUCCCGUGGGAGCUAGUUCCGAUCGAUUUGCACGGACAAAUAAAAGAUCAGUUGGAACGAACAACUGCUUUUUUUGGCGGGCCCAGUCUUUUACCUUCAAUUCCAGAACAGACUACACCACACUCAUCCUGUUCCGUGGAACAAACCGUACCGGAUAGUUUACCUCGAGAGAAUGGCGUACAAAACAAUCAGAAAGAAAGGCGUCGAGAUCCGUUUCCGUAUCGAUCAAACGACGAGGAUGCAGCUGCCUUGCGAAACUGGUUCGAACGAGUGUCUGAACAAAGACGUAUUCAAAGUCGAUUAACCAGUAAGGAAACAUAA